CACAGACAGAAAAUGGGUGGGUUCCGCAUAUGCACUAUUUUUGUAGCUGUAAUAUCAUUGACAUUCCCUGCCUCGUAUGACACAAUCAAGCCCACUCAGAGGCCAAAGUAUCAAUACACCAAGAAACCACCUCGAGAGGUGCCUCAAACUACUGUACAUGUAGGCAAGCCUACAGUCACCGCACGGAUUGUGGACUACACCAAAACAAGAGAGCGCUUCCCUGUGGCCAUCACAGAGAGCAUAACAGUUCCAGGAGACAUCUAUAUAGACUAUCCCUCAGACACCACUGCAUUCCCCACCGCCGCAAAAGACAAUUACACGCUAGACUACAAUGAAUGCUACUUCAACGUCUGUGAGUGCUGCCCUCCAGAGAAAGGAGCACAGGGGUUUAAAGGAGACACAGGUCUGCCAGGUAUACCUGGGGAUAAGGGAGAACCUGGACCCAAAGGUGAACCAGGCCCAUUCGGGCCGUCAGGGAUUGCUGGGUCUAAAGGAGAUAAAGGAGAUAGAGGCGAGCCAGGCAGCACGGGAUUGACUGGAUCUCCAGGAAUCCAGGGAAAGGCCGGAGUGAAAGGUGAAAUUGGUAUUAAAGGUGAGAAGGGGGCUAGUGGUCUUCCAGGACUGAAAGGAUCUAAAGGGGAAAAAGGAGAGCCAAAUGUGAAUGCAUCAAAAGGCGAACAGGGCGAUACCGGAAAAAGUGGGCCACUGGGACCCCGAGGCAUGACUGGUGAAAAGGGUGAAAAAGGUGAUAGAGGAGAAUGUGGUUUACUUGGGGAGAGGGGCCAGAAAGGAGAACCAGGUGACCAUGGACCACCAGGUGUACGUGGAGAUCCUGGCCCAUCUGGACAACAUGGCAUGCACGGUACUCCCGGAAUACCUGGAGAGCGUGGAGAAGCAGGAAUCCCUGGAGUAAAGGGAGAGCCAGGAGGACGUGGGCCAACAGGACUCAAAGGUAUGAGAGGUCUGAGAGGAAUGAGGGGCGAUCGUGGUCUGCAAGGAAAGCGUGGUGACCAAGGCCUACGUGGAAUAAAGGGCCAAACGGGACAAAGCGGUUUGAGACUGCGGUCUGCCUUUAGUAUUGGCCUCUAUCCUAGCAAGUCUUUUCCUCCAUCAGGAUAUCCGGUUCGCUUCGACAAGGUCUUUUACAAUGGCGAAAACCACUACGAUAUAGCCACAAGCAAAUUCAACUGCACCUAUUCAGGAGUUUAUGUGUUCUCCUACCAGAUCACAGUGAGGAACAAACCACUACGAGCUUCUCUGGUGGUCAAUGGGGUGCGAAAGGUUCGCUCUAGGGACACUCUACACGGUCAAGACAUUGACCAGGCAUCCAACCUUGUGAUAUUGAAGCUGGAUACCGGUGAUCAGGUAUGGGUGGAGACGCUAAGGGACUGGAAUGGUGUGUACUCCAGCAGCGAGGAUGACAGCACCUUUUCUGGCUUCUUACUCUAUCCUGACGAACACCCUCUCCAUGUUUAA